AUGGGACACGAUACUGGAGCUCCCGCUCAUCCGCAGCACAUCAUCCUGCCGGUGGUCAUCUUCAACGAGCUGACCAAGAGACGACUGAUGGGAGAUCUGUCCUGCAGGAUAGUGCCAUAUGUGGAGGUGACGUCUCUCGGCGUGACCACGUUUACUCUGUGCGCGCUCAGCAUCGACCGCUUCCACGCGGUGACCAGCGUUCAGACGCGGCCGCAGCAGGUCGAGUCCUGUCAGUCCAUCCUGGCCAAGCUGUCGGUGAUCUGGGUGGGAUCUCUGGUUCUGGCCGCUCCUGAGCUGCUGAUGUGGCGUCUGGAGCAGGAGGUGUCUCCGCGGACGGGUCUGCCGGUGGACUCGUGCAGUCAGCAGCCAUCCGUGACGCUGCCGGAGACGCUGUACUCGCUGGUGCUGACGUACCAUCAGGCCAGAAUGUGGUGGACCUUCGGAUGUUUCUUCUGCCUGCCGCUGUUGUUCACCGGCGCGUGUCAGCUGCUCACGCGACACGUCACGGACGAGAACGCCAAGAGCAAAGCCGCGCGUCCGUCCUCCAUGUCAUCUUCGUCGUCCUCCGCGUCCUCGUCUCUGAAGAAGCAGCGGCGAGAGCGUCAGCUGACCCGUACGGUGGUGGCCUUGGCAUCCAUUUACGCCGUAUGCAGUUUGCCGGAAAACGUGUGGAACUUCGUUCUGGCUUACGCGGGUGUGGAGGUAGACAUGGCCACAAAGGCGCUGCUCGCUCUGAUUGGCCAGUUCCUGUUGUUCGUCCGGGCGGCAGCGACGCCCGUCCUGUUGCUCUGCAUCUGUCGCUCUCUCGGCCAGGCGUUCAUGGACUGCUGCUGCUGCUGUUGCGAUGAGUGUCUGCCGGAUCCUUCGUCGUCGUCCAUGUCUUCGUCCACCAACGCCACGGCCAUCUCCUCGUCCCUGUCCUCACCCGUCUCUGUCCAGGAGGAGAAAGUGAAGAUCGUGUCGGGAACGUCGCCCGCGGUGUUCUUCGAUAAAGUGAAGGAUGGUACGGCCGAGCUGAUCAUCGGAACGCCGUGUUGAUCUCGGAACGUUGGAAUCAGUGUCCACUUAUAAAAACUGUGAAUGAAAUAUCGCCCAUCGCUAACACUCUUAAAGGGACAGUUCACACAAAAAGAUCAUUCUGUUGCCAUUUAAAUGUUCCAAACCUAUACGACUUUAUUUUGUGUGCAGAACACAAAAAAUGUGUUAAUAAAUUAUCACAAUAUUUUAUUAAAUUAAAAAUAUAAAAUAAAAAUGUUAUAAGCUAUAGAAUUAUCAUGCCGUCACUCACCGCUGGAUGAGGAGAGUUAAACACAGAAACGCAAUUUUCUGUUCAUUCAAUCAGUUUUGUUUUGUCUCACAUUUAGCGAUUUAAAAUCCUCGUUUAGUUGCUGUAUUUCAGUCUGUACGUCUAUUUUCUUUAUAGAUCCAUCACUUCUACACUACAGAAAUACAAAGAAAUUGUGAACUUUAUUGUAUUUCAUUGGAAUUAAUAACUAAUAUUUUGUUUAUCCAUAAACUUUGUACUGCUGGAUGGACAGUUGCGGCAAACUUGAAAACAUUGUGUUUUUAUGCACUUAAUGAAUUUUCAUCUUUAAAUUGUCAGUGUUUAAAAAUGAAAGUAUGUUUUGGAAAAACAGAAAUCGUCUUUUCAGAUCAACCUUUAUAAGUUUUGAAGAAGAAAUGUUGUGUUUUAUUGAGUCUGUCUCACAUAUCAAAGACUGUCUGAAUCUCUGCUGGAAUUAAACGACUUUACAAACUCUCAGCAGAGACAAACGACUCUAUGAACUAUGGGAAAAUACUGAAAAAACUUUACAACUUUAACACAUUAGAUAGUAAUGACUAUAAUAGCAAAGUGAACCUGAUAUAGCUGAACAUAUGGUUAGCAUCGAAUCUUUUGUAUUUCUUUUUUGUACUUGGUUGCAGCCAAUAAAAGAGUUUGAAUAUGUUACGUAAACUUUGCAAACUUAUUGCUUCUCUGUUUUACUCACACAAACGCUUA